GCGGGCAGGUUUAGCAUUGGCCAAGCGGUGUUCUGCACCGAGACCAAUCACCUCAAUCGUCCUCCCGCCAAGCCGCGGUGUUCAUCCCCAAUCUCUGAUCCCUCAUGACGCAGGCGGUUAUCUGCACGAACACAGUUUGAAAUGCGCUGAAAUGAUUCUGGUUUCCUUACCACGCAGCGUGAGUUUCCGCGAGCGGCCCGAUGCAAGACGACAGGCGACCUGGUCCCCCAACAGCUGGUCCCUAUGGGUCGCAGUUUAAGGUUGCCAUUCCACGCUUGCCAGCCCGACGCGCCCCGCCACCCAUAACUCCCAAGUCUCGACAUAGAGAUAGAGUACAACGAGCCUGUCGAAACUGCCAUAAAAGGAAGAUUAAGUGUAGCGGCGGCCUUCCCCGCUGCAAUUACUGCGAGAAGACAGACAAGACAUGUCUUUACGAACGCCCCCGGAAAGAUCGUCUAGCAACUGCCAAAGAUCGCAAUCAGGCCCUUGUAUCUGUCCUGAAAGACCUCAGUUUGCGCGUUAGCGAUGAUGACAGGCGCAGGAUUGAAGAUGCUCUGCAGGAUUCAGAUGACGGGGACGGGUCUCCCGUCUCCAUAUCCUCUUCUUCACGAGCAUCCACCGCUCACCAGUACCAACAACACUUGCGCAUGCAACCCUCUACCUCAUCCUCUAGCUAUGUGUCAAUCGCAGCAGAAACAUCGUCCACAUCUGACCAAUCCCCUCUCUCACGACUGGACAGUAUUGUACCCGAAGAAUCUGGCGAUGAAGGAGGCGAGCAGCCUAAUGUAGUUGAAGCAGGCUUCCUGGGUCAGAUCUCCGAAGUACAAUGGCUACGGAGUCUCCGAAGUAGAGUGCAGGCCGUCGAGACCGUCUUUGUUGGUCCAGGUAACACCGCCACGCAGCUCUCUCGGCCACCUUCGCCAACUUUCGAUGCAUCACCCGCGUCUAUUUCCGCAACUCCACCUCAACCAACCUCCCUUACCAACUACUAUCUUGACGACGAAGGCAUCAAAAUCACAAACUGCGGGAAUCCUUUUGAGCUACCGCCAGAACAAACUGCAGCGCUUCUGUUUCAAUGCUAUACCCAGACCGUCCAGAGUUCCUUUCCCAUCCUUCCAGUAACGAUCGAACACCAACUGCAUCAGUACUACACUUUGGUCCGCAACGGCCAGGCGGUACACUGCCCAGAAAAAUGGUUUGCGCUUGUGAACCUCGUCUUCGCCAUAGGCGCCAAGUUUUCCCACCUUAUCCAGGCCGACUGGCGAGCCGACGAGUUUGACCACGUCAUCUACCUUUCGCGCGCGUUUCAGUUGCUUAGUAUGAAUGACACCAUCGUCGUCUUGGCAGCCCCAGAUCUCCUUACCACGCAGGCUGCGGGUCUCUUUGCGGUUUAUUACAUGACUGUCGGUCAUGUCAAUCGGGCCUGGGUAAUGGUAGGCAUAGCGAUGCGAGCGGCUUUUUCGCUCGGACUGCACGUCCAACACGACGACCAGACCGUCUCCGCCGCCCAAAGGCAAAGUAUGAUAUGCACUUGGUGGAGCCUACAUUCCCUGGAGAGCCUCCUCAGCUCGAUUACGGGCCGGCCGAGUAUCAUACCCAAUGAAGAUAUUACGACGCCUCUCCCUGGCGUCCUUACUUCAGACCAGACGCAACGUGCCACCGGCGUAGUCAAUUUCGAUUUCCUAGACGCCGAUACCAACUUGAACCUGUUGACCCAGCAAAUCAUCUCCAACCUGUACACGCAGCGUAGAUCAGCACCAUCCUGGGACUACCUGCAGCAAUCUGCCGUCUCACUAGUCGGUGAUCUCGACAAGUGGGCAGUCGACCACCUCCCCGAGCUCCAUUCUCAGGAAUGGAAUCCCGCUCACAGGCAGCAGCAGCGGGAGGGAUUCUUGCUCAAGCUUCAGUACUACCGAUUGAAGAUAUUAUCUACUCGUCCCUCGCUCCGUCGCCUCGAACGAUGUUUUGAAGCAGGGACAGACGACUUCAAUUCGCUGGAUCAGUCAGUAGCGGAUACGUGUGUACGAGCGGCACAGGACGUCACCUCGCUCCUAGCAUCGGAGCCUGACAUAAAGAGUCUGUACGAGAAAGGGCCGUGGUGGACAAUCGUCCAUAAUAUCAUGCAAGCACUUGCCGUUCUCAUGAUCGCCAUAUCCUGCCCGGACCACUUCCGCGAUUCCCUCCCCGCCUCCAUCCGCAGCGCCCGCCGACUCGUCUCUUUACUCCGUGGCAUGUGCGACACCAAUGCGCUAGCCUCGCGCGCCUACCAAUUCAUCUACUCGAUCGUCAAGACGAGUAGCCCGUUUGUUUGGCCCGACAUAGCGGAUGCGUUUCCUGAUGAGGUCAUCAUGGUGCUGCAGCAACCCGCAGCGGGGAAAGUCGAUCCAAAGUAUUUGCCGUGGCCUGAUAACGAUCAGCCAACCGACAAGCUGUUCAGGUAUGAGAUGGAUGGAUUUGGGAACUACCAUUUUCAUGCGUUGUGAGGUGCGGGGAGGGAUGGUGAUGUUUUGCGCGAUAGAAGAACAACAACAACAACAACAACAACAACAAUGAAACCCACACAGUGGGCGAAAAGAAAGGGGGAAAUAUGGCGGUUCUUUACCGC